UCAGAAAACUUCUACUCUUGUUUCUAUAAGCAAAACAACCGCUCCCAAUUAAAGCUCCCGCCCUUUACUUCCUCCGAUGGACACCUCGAUCGGAACCGUGGACGGGGUCGCCAAGCCCGUGUGCAACGACGUGGGCUCCCUCCCCGCUGCUGCCUGCCACCCCACCAGCCCCGCCGCCGCUCCCAUGUGCGCCGCUGAAGCCACCCUCGGCCGCCACCUCGCCCGCCGCCUCGUCCAGGUGGGCGUCAACGACGUCUUCUCCGUCCCCGGCGACUUCAACCUCACCCUCCUCGACCACCUCCUCGCCGAGCCCGGCCUCAACCUCGUCGGGUGCUGCAACGAGCUCAACGCCGGCUACGCCGCAGACGGCUACGCUCGCUCCCGCGGCGUCGGCGCCUGCGUCGUCACCUUCACCGUCGGCGGUCUCAGCGUCCUCAACGCCAUCGCCGGCGCAUACAGCGAGAACCUCCCCGUUAUUUGCAUCGUCGGCGGCCCCAACUCCAACGACUACGGCACCAACCGCAUCCUUCAUCACACCAUCGGCCUCCCCGACUUCUCCCAGGAGCACCGCUGCUUCCAGACUGUCACCGGUUACCAGGCGGUGGUGACUAACCUGGAGAAUGCCCACGAGCUGAUCGACACCGCGAUCUCCACUGCUUUAAGGGAAAGCAAACCCGUAUAUAUUAGCAUCAGUUGCAAUCUGCCGGCCAUUCCUCAUCCCACCUUCAGCCGGGAGCCCGUUCCGUUCUUCCUCGCUCCCAGAUUGAGCAACAAGUUAGGUCUAGAGGCGGCUGUCGAAGCCACGGCGGAGUUCCUGAACAAGGCGGUGAAACCGGUCUUGAUCGGAGGCCCCAAGAUCAGGGUGGCCAAGGCUUGCGAGGCCUUUGUGGAGCUGGCGGAUGCUUGUGGUUACCCCAUAGCUGUGCUUCCGUCAGCCAAGGGACUCGUGCCGGAGCACCACCCCCACUUCAUUGGAACCUACUGGGGUGCCGUUAGCACCGCCUUCUGCGCUGAGAUCGUGGAGUCGGCCGACGCUUACCUCUUUGCAGGGCCCAUCUUCAAUGAGUUCACCACGGUCGGCUACUCCCUCCCCCUCAAGAAGGAGAAGUCCGUUAUCGUGCAGCCUGACCGUGUGGUGUUUGCCAAUGGGCCUGCUUUUGGGUGUGUCCUGAUGAAGGACCUCCUCCGGGAGCUCGCCAAGCGGCUCAAUCGCAACACAGCUGCCUACGAUAGCUACCGCCGGAUCUUCGUGCCCGAUGGAGUCCCGCUUGAAUGCAAGCCCAAGGAGCCUUUGAAGGUGAACGUGCUCUUCAAGCACAUCCAGAAUAUGCUUACGCGCGACACUGCUGUGAUCGCGGAGACCGGCGAUUCGUGGUUUAACUGCCAGAAGCUUAAACUGCCACAGGGUUGCGGAUAUGAGUUCCAACUGCAAUAUGGUUCUAUUGGAUGGUCUGUGGGAGCGACUCUGGGGUAUGCCCAAGCAGCAAAGGAUAAGCGUGUCCUUGCCUGCAUUGGUGAUGGAAGCUUUCAGAUGACUGCUCAAGAUAUUUCAACGAUGAUGCGGUGCGAGCAGAACAGCAUCAUUUUCCUAAUAAACAAUGGGGGAUACACCAUCGAGGCGGCGAUCCAUGAUGGGCCUUACAAUGUCAUCAAGAACUGGAACUACACUGCGCUGGCGGACGCUAUCCACAAUGGCGAGGGCAAAUGCUGGACGACGAAGGUUCGAUGCGAGGAGGAGCUUAAGGAGGCGAUUCAGACAGCACUGGGGCCGAAAGAGAACUGCUUGUGCUUCAUAGAGGUUAUUGUGCACAAGGAUGAUACCAGCAAAGAGUUGCUGGAGUGGACUUCGAGGGUUACUGCUGCUAGCGGUAAGCCACGAAAUCCCCAGUGAUCUCGAUCUAAGGACAUGAGCGCAGCCACAUACAAUUGCCUGUGUCGUCGCUUAGACCUGGUUGAACGCUGAGUUCUGGGCCUUCUUCUCCGUCUUCUCCGUGCCGUUCAUGUGGUUCUUGGCUUUGCUCAUUUCCACCGAGUCCUCCUCCCCGGUGGCUGCUCUCUUGUGGUUCCUGUAGAUGGCGUACAAGUAUGGCACCUGCACGAGUAAAAACCAUUAGGGUUAAAUUUAAUUAAGCAGGGCUUGUGUGACUUCGAGGCAUGGUUCAACAUUUUUUUUUCCUUCUUCGACAAUACUUACAUUCACAUAUUGCCAACGGUGCAUAUUUAUAUUAGUUAUAUAUGUGCACAGCUGUGCAAGCCACCAAUCACAACCACUCAUUUUUAUAGUGGUGCAUCAAGAUAUAUGCCUAAUGAAGGAGGCCUACAGAAAUGAGCGGUUAUGAUUGGUGGAGUCUAUGGCCAUAUGGUGUAUACAAUGUAGCAUAACUUUUCACUCCUUACUCUGUGCAGUAAAAAAUUAUUGGUUGGAUCAGGUUCACUAGCUCAGCAGCAGCAGAUCAAUCCAACUACGGAGUAACAUGUGCAAACAUGCUUGUUUUGCUUCA